AUGCGGAACCUCUCCUUGGUGGCGUCUGCUUUCCGCACGGACCCUGUUUCCCGGAGUUCCCAUUGGCUCUGCGCGCUACCGAAGCGGCCCCCCGGUCGGAGCGUCGCGGCAAUGGGGGCCCAGGCGAUGCUCAAGACCCUGCUUUACACCGUCAACUCCCUGCUGCAGCAGCGCAGAUACCGCGCGGCGCUGGCCGUGCUCAAGGGCUUCCGGAACGGAGCGGUCUAUGGAGCAAAGAUCCGUGCCCCCCAUGCUCUGGUGAUGACCUUUCUCUUCAAGAGUGGAAGUUUAAGAGAGAAACUGAAAGCGAUUGCUCAGGCCACAUACACUCAUUCCCGAAACCUGGCGUAUUUUGUGUUCACUUACAAGGGGCUGAUGGCGCUGCAAUCCCGACUACAGGGAAAGAACUUUCAGUUGCACUCCUUCGUGGCAGCCUGUGUUGGGGGCUGGUUAGUGUUUGGUGAAAACAAUCAUAUCAACAGCCAGAUAAACAUGUACCUGCUGUCUCGUAUUCUGUUUGGCUUGUCCCGACUGGCAGUGGAGAAAGGUUAUAUCCCAGAACCCAAGCAGGACCCUUUCCCGAUCUUUGCUGCUGUGACUUGGGGGAUUGUUCUGUGGCUCUUUGAAUAUCAUCGGCACACUCUCCAACCUUCUCUGCAGUCUUCCAUGACUUACCUGUAUGACGACAGUAAUGUAUGGCACGACAUUUCUGACUUCCUCAUUUAUAACAAAAGCAACGCUCAAAAGUAAUUUGCUAAUGCCCAGCGAUCUUUGAAUAAUGGCUCAUUCCAGCAACAACGGGGAAAGGAUUUUCUGCUGCCCUUGAUUGACGCACUUUUUAUUAUUAGGAUCUGUACGACAAAUUUCCCUCUUGUUUCUUGGCCAAAAUGUUGUGAGUAACCUAAUGAUCUUUUCUUGACUCUCUAUUGGCCACACAGGGACUCCAUAGAAACCUGUCCCAGUGCCACAACGAGAGCAAAAUGUUCCUGGAUUAAUUUGAUUUCAAAAAGGCUUUUCUACGAGAGACCCUAUGUGCUUUUUAAAGACAGUUGUUUUCCUGCUCUGUGUGGGUAGGAUAUUAGGCUGCAAGUCUCUCCCUUUUCCAGGGAAGUAAUUGGAACAAUUCUUCAUUGGUAUCAGCACACAUCACUCUUACUAACGCCAGAUAGAUGGUGAUGAAGCCCUUAUGCCACUGAUGUGACAGAACAAUACCAGUGUGUAAUUGGGAAGUGAACUAGAAGUAAUUUGUCUGUCUGUUGCAGACUUCUGAAUACAUACGUUACAUUCAUUCCCCCCACCCCAAUGUAUUGUCUGGGGAAUUCAGUCUUCUGUUUGUGUUCUUCCUUUUAUUAGCAUUAAAACCAAACAGCAAUAAGGAGAUAGUUGUGAAACCAUCUGCAAAACAGCCAGCCACCCAAGAAUGAGAAAGGGAGACCCUGUUUUUCCAGUCCUGAUCUCUGUAAAUCAAAAUGCAUGAAAACAAUUCAUGUUUAUCACAACCCAAAGUUGGAUUGUUGCUUCUAACCAGGGGCAAAAUUAUGUGAGGAACUUACCACCUCACUCACCACGACGUCAGGGAAGGCUCAGCACUGUGUGGGAUGAGACCUUGGUUUGCCUGGACUCCCUUGCAAACAAAGCAGGUUGGUGUAUCUCUGGGAUAUCAAUGUGCAGAACAAAGAGACAGAAGCCAGAGGACAUUUUAAAUGUGAUACUUGAACACUUUUCAAAGUUGGCUCAAAUCUUCUUCCCCAAAUUGGUUCAAACCAUGAAGGAAACUAAACAUCUGAGCCAUCUAAAUGCUCAGGAAAACCAAAUAUCCUAACAGUACGUGAUUUAACAAUGUUUUCACAGACCAAGCUUUCUGUGAAGAAUGCUUCCAUUGACCUAGUUACUGUUGCAGAGGGAGGUAGUGUUCCUACACCGAUGGGAAAAAUCCCUUCCACAUGAGUAUAGGCUGUGUCUACACUAUGAGGUUAUGCCAUUAUGCUGGAAUAAUUACUGUCCUGGGGUUAUGCCAAUAUAACCCCAUAGUGUAGACGUGGCAUUAAUAUUGCAGAGGGAUGUCUUCAGGGUUUGUAUAUGCGAGUAGGGGAGCAAUCUAAAUGGAUUCAGGAUAUUUGAGUGACUUUAUGCCACUGACAACAUAUCUGGUCCUUGGAUAGUACAGUACCUAGGGCAGAAGGGCAUUUCUGAAGGGUAAGAUCUCUGCUUGUCAGUUGUCACUUUAGAUCUUGCCACUUUAGAGGCAGGAGAGAAUUCUGAGAAGUGCUUACAAACAUUGCAAUUGUUGUAACAUGCUGAGUGCAUAGCAUGUUGAUAUACUAACUACUAACUAGCGUGAGUAUCUAUCCAAAUACUAAAUAUAUACAUAAAGAGCCGGAUCUUCUGGAAUGGCCAAAGAGCACAGGUCAGAGGGUGGUGUGGAAAGGAGGCCUGAUCGUAGCGCUGUAUGACUUUCUAUCCCCUAGCCCUCUGUGUUAGAGCAGACCUCAAACUGCUCUAACAAACUCGAGCCUUGUUGCAGUGGCCACAAGAGGCCAAAAACAGAGCCCAGAAUCAGCAGCCAUGUUCCCUUUUCUCCAGCCACAGCCCUCCAUCAACUCUACACUGCCUGAGAAUCACCCCUACACUCAAGUGAUCCUUCUGGGCCAAGUAAGCCACCCUCGUGGGAGGCUUACACUGGUAAUGCAGGCAAAGAAGCCCCCUCAGUCCUGAGGAUUUGGCUCAUUGUCUGUAGACUUAAGCCCACUUACUGUCAGCUCCCUUAGUGGAAAUUCCCUUCUAUUAGAAGAAAUGUCGGUUCUCCAAACACAUUUGUACCGACUCAAUACAAAUGUGAUCUCUUAAUAUCAAACAGUAAAUGUUUCCUAUUUGCCAUCUGAAAAGCUCUUUUCCUGGGACAAGCUGAUGCCUGUGCUAUUUCUAAUAUUGACUUUGAAAUACAGCCAGCAGGAGAAAGCAGAACUUGCUGUGAAUUUUCAAUGCACACAAUUAUGUGGGUUUUAUAAUUAAAAUGAGUGUUCUGUAGCUUGAGGGGCUUUUGCUGUCCAUUUUCUACAUUUGUAUGGCUGACUUGUAACAUGGGCAAAGGGGGAUCACUAAGUGCAACAGAUGCUGUAACUAGAGAAUUGUUUUUAUGCUUUUCAGUCUAGCUGUGUGUAUUUUUAUUUACAAUUACUGUAUGGGAAACUGUCACACACUGAAACCCUAGCUAAUUUUUUGGUAAUAUAGAAUGCAUUAAGCACAUAAUCUCAGGUGAUUUAUUUUAGUUAUACUGGUUAGAGUGCUAAGGGGAAAGUCUUGCUUGCUUGUAAAACAAUAGCAUUGUGGUAAAGAAAGAGAUGGCAGUUAGUAGACGUAUCUGCCUCAACAGCCAUAAAACAUCUUUUCCAUCCUAUGGACAACGUGUCAGUGCCAUGCAGAUAUCCCAUUUGCCUCUUCUGAGCACGGUUUCUGUAUAAUGCAUCUUUGGAUAGUAUAAUGUUUUGCAUUCUUUAAUAAAUAAAUGAUUGUCCAUCUG